CAAUCGCAGAAUCGCUCCUCGUCACGAAUCCAUCCAUGAAUCCAUCCAAUCCAUCCGAAUCCACGCCUCGUUGAGUUGGGUUUGAUGCCGAUGUGCGUCAGGGAUAGAAAGACAACACGCUAAAUCAUGGUUAAAAUCGGUUUGCAGAUAAGUGCAAACUUAGAUAAUGUUGCCAGUCUCAGUACUGGUGAGGAUUUUGUGUGGUAUUUUAAGUUGCGGUGCAUGAGUUGCGGAGAAGAAGCGCCUGCAUGGCAGUCGGUUGAAGCCAGCUCAAAGAGUGCCGUCAAGGGAAGCCGAGGAACAGCAAACCUCGUUAUUAAAUGCAAGCUUUGUGGCCGUGAAAACUCCAUUGACGUCCUUCCCGAAACCGUCGUACCAUACACGGCAGAAGACGCACUUAACCUCAAGACGAUAGCGUCAUUCGACUGUCGUGGUGUUGAACCAGUUUCUUUUGACGCUAGAGAUGGAUUCGUUGUUGAAGCUUCUGGAAGCAGAACUCAGUUCGCAGAUGUUAACUUGGAAGAGAAAGAAUGGAGUGAUUACGAUGAGAAGGAGAAACAAACUGUGGGCAUUUACGAGCUUGAGCACAAGUUCGUGAAGCUCAAGUAAACGUUGUGUGGGUAUGCCCUACACACUGAGCGCCGAAAGUCUUAUGUUUUUCUUCUUUUUAGUGUGGGCCAACUUUGCAAACAAACGUGUCGUAACAAAACAUGGCUGCAUGCCUAGAUUCGCUGUUUUUGGAAAAUUUGCAUAUUAUUCACGUGCUUCGCUUGGGUGUGCUCUCAGAUCUAUAAUUGUCUUCUCAAGUGUGUUCCAUAUAAUGUGUAUCACAAAGCAGAAAUAUAACAAAGCAAUCCAUGAUUGA